AUGUCAGAUUUGGGCUCACUUCAUUUUUUCCUUGGCCUUGAAGUGAAACAAGGAAAAGAUGGAGUAUUUGUCUCUCAAAAGAAAUAUGCUACUGAUCUCCUUAAAAAGUUUAAUAUGUUGAAUUGUAAGAUGGCAGCUACACCUAUGAAUGUAAAUGAGAAACUGCAGCUUGAAGAUGGAACAGAGAAAGCAAAUGCAAGGAACUUUAGAAGCUUGGUUGGUGGUUUGAUUUAUUUGACUAAUACUCGACCUGAUAUUGCAUUCUCUAUGAGCAUAGUUUCCAGGUUUAUGCACAGUCCUUCUAAGCAACAUUUUGGAGCGGCAAAGAGAAUUAUGCGCUAUAUUGCUGGAACCGUGGACUAUGGAAUAUGGUUCACUAAUGUUCCUGACUUUAAGUUAUUUGGUUUCACUAAUAGUGAUUGGGCAGGUUCAAUUGAUGAUAGAAAAAGCACUUCAGGAAACAUUUUUAAGCUUGGGUCAGGAGCUGUCACUUGGAGCUCAAAGAAACAAGCAAUGACCGCGUUGUCUUCUACAGAAGCGGAGUACGUAGCUGCAACUUCUUCUGUGUGUCAAGCUAUAUGGCUAAGGAGACUUCUUGCAGAUCUUCAUCAAGAACAAACAGGGGCAACUCAGAUUUUUUGUGACAACAAGUCAACAAUUGCAAUGGCUAAAAAUCCAGCAUUUCAUGAUCGGAUGAAGCAUAUAGAUAUCCGAUAUCACUUCAUUCGAGAGCAAGUUGCAACUGGAAUUAUAGCCUUGAAGUUCUGCAACACUCAUGAGCAAGGACAACUUAUACAAGUUGUGGAACAAAAACAUCAUAUUUCAGUAUUAAAAGGUUGGAUUUUCGCUCCAGUACUCCUAGGUGCCCCCACGGAUUUGGAUGAUGCGCACCCGCCCUAUGGGGCGCUGUACUGCCACUUUGAGGUUGUGGAUCAGCAAAUACACUGGGAAAUUUCGCUCUAG